UACAACUGACCUGAGCCAUGUCUGGACUCAAUGCUUCCCUUGGAUACUUCUUUGCUGUUGUUGCUUUUGGGGUCUUAAUCAAAACACUCCUCAGGAAGUGGCCACAUUUUGGCUUCAUUUUGGAGUUUUCCGCCUCUUUUGUGCUAGUGGCAUGCUGGUUGGAAGUGCAGACCAUUGUAGAGGUAGGUCAGUGGGCUGGGGGCCUGGGGCCGGACGUCACUGUAACCAUCCUGUUUGUGGUGCUGCUGACCCAUGGUGUGGUCUGUGGUAGUGCCUCGGGGAACCCUACCCAGGGUCUACUGAAAUUUCUGCUACUUGAAGACACCAUCCUGCCCACCUCCCUGGCUAUUGCAGCCCAGUUUCUGGGGGCCCAUCUUGGUCUUUUAGUUGCUAUACACUACUGGGACCUGGAGCUGACGGAAAUGCAUAUGAUCAAAAACCUGAUGGCGAGGGAGUGCAGCACAUCCCUAUUGGUUUCUUUACAACAGGGUUUUUUCACAGAAUGUGUAUGCACACUCAUUUUUCAUUUACUCCACCUGAGCCUGCGACGUAGAUCGGCUCUUAUCCGGGUACCCAUUGUUGCAGUCUUGCUAAGUUUCGUAUCCCAUGCUGCCAGUGGCUAUACAUCCGCUUACUUGAAUCCAUCCCUGGCUUAUGGCCUUACCUUCCAUUGUCCUGGGUUCACCUUCAAAGAGUAUGCAGUAGUCUAUUGGCUUGGACCCCUUACAGGAAUGAUUCUGGCACUUUUCUUGUACAUGGGCCAUAUUCCAAGGAUUUUUGCAAAGAAUCUGCUAUAUUCUCAGAAAACACGUUUCAAAGUGCCAAAGGGAAAUACCUCAGGAAGCCAAGGAGAUAAAAAGAACAAAUGAGUUAAACAAACAAAUAAAUAUAUGUAUAUUCAUUUUUCAGUUCACCCACUCUUAGGAAAUAAAUACUUGAAUCUGACAAAAUUACUGAGUCAAGAAUUAUUGCUUUGGAUAAUUUCGUCUGCAGGUACACAGGAUGUGAAAUGAUACUGGGAGAAACAACUACAUACUGUUACUAACAGGUAGGGCAAGUAGUUAAGAGACGGUGGUUUGUCCAAAUAGCUGAAUUCUAGGGUUAUGAUGACAAACCAUCUGAUUCAUGUCAUUACAUAUCCACUUACUGCAUGUUAUCUCCUAUACGUAAAGACAACACAGAAUACAGUGUUGAACAAGCUGGAUUCAAAUCCCCCCCCCUCGCUC